GUUUUGAAUUCUUCGAUGCUACUCUGACUGACAUCGAAUACGCGAUCAAAAGUGUCAAAAGUAUCGUCGACCCGGUCUUUCGAUAGGUCGAAUUCGAUUUUCGCCUUCAACUUCCUCUGUUUGGGACUGGCUCCGUUGAUUUCGAGCCAUGGGUCGUGUAAUUCGUGCUCAGCGUAAGGGAGCUGGAUCAGUCUUCCGCUCCCACACCAAAAGGAGAAAGGGAGCGCCAAAACUCCGCUCGCUUGACUUCUCCGAACGUCAUGGAUACAUCAAGGGUGUCGUUAAGGACAUUAUCCACGACCCCGGCCGUGGUGCUCCAUUGGCUGUAGUGCAUUUCCGUGAUCCAUACAAAUUUAAGACACGCAAAGAACUUUUCAUCGCUCCCGAGGGCAUGUACACUGGCCAGUUCCUUUACUGUGGAAAGAAGGCCAACCUCCAGAUCGGCAAUGUUAUGCCUGUUGGAACAAUGCCUGAAGGUACAAUUGUCUGCAACUUGGAGGAGAAGACCGGUGACCGAGGUCGAUUGGCACGUGCCUCCGGUAAUUACGCCACCGUCAUUGCUCACAAUCCCGACACCAAGAAAACAAGAGUAAAGCUACCUUCUGGAGCUAAGAAAGUUAUGCCUUCCAACAACAGAGCUAUGGUCGGCAUUGUUGCUGGUGGUGGUCGUAUUGACAAACCAAUCUUAAAGGCUGGACGUGCGUACCAUAAGUACAAGGCCAAGAGGAACUGCUGGCCUAAGGUUCGUGGUGUGGCUAUGAACCCCGUUGAACAUCCUCACGGUGGUGGUAAUCACCAGCAUAUUGGUAAGGCGUCUACUGUCAAGCGGGGAACCAGCGCCGGACGUAAGGUCGGUCUGAUUGCUGCUCGUCGUACCGGUAGGAUCAGGGGAGGAAAGACCGACACCAAGAAGGACGAUUAGAUUAAACGCUAAUUUCCUGCAAGGUGUAAAUUAUACAAUAAAAUGAAAAAACAAACUACUAA